AUGGUGAUUCAUAGCAAAACAGCAAUUUUGGCACUCUCAACAAUUGCCUAUAUCCAAGUAUUAUAGACUGCUGCUUAGAGUUAUACUGACACAUUGAAUGACUGCUUAAAUUUGAUAUCGAUGUUUGAAGCAACUCACUAUCCAUAGAAAACUGGCAAUAAUAAUUAGUAUCCUUAUGGGAACGGAAAUGUAUAUAAUUACGAACAGGUAGUUUGCAGUAAUAUCGGAACUUGCCCAGAUGAUGUGACCAGAACAACUUGUACUUGGUAAAGAUAUCUCCUUUUAUAAUGCGUAAGCGCUGCAAGAAAUAGAAUUGUAAUAGCAACGAAUUCUUUACCAAAUCAUUGUUAUUGGGGUCAAUAAUAUACCCCUAGCGGUGGAAGAACUGAAUUCAACAAGUAUUAAUUUGAUAUCACCUUCAAUAUUCCUCCUUCAGAAAUGGCUAAUGCUUAGGGUUUAGCAAAGAAUCAACCAUUCUAUAACUAUUAGGUAAAUUCUUAGGCAGAUUCUGACUAGGUUCUUUGCUCAUCUAACUGGGCAGGUAAAGCAUUCAUUGAUUCAAACAUUUUUUAUGAAGAAAAGGUCUUAGACCAGAAUGGAGUUUAUUCUGCAACUCUUUUCUAAAUAAAUUCUAACUGGCCUUUGUUGAAAAUGACAAGCUCAAAUUACAUUGUUGGAGUCGCAAGAAACGGUGUUUUUAUUUUUGCAGGCUCUGGAGAUUAGGGCUUCGAUGCCUUCUUCCCUCAAACAUAUGGAAUAAACGUAACCCCAGUUAAAGCUGAUUAUGAUGUUUGCCUAGGGUCAUAAAAUACUUUCAGCACUUAUAGAUAUGUGAUGUUCUCACCUUGUAUGUUUAACAUUCCUUUGAGAGAUGUACCCCUAGCUUGCUAAAAGCAUCCUGAUUGUUCAAUUGAUGUUAGAAAUUUCUCCAUUAGUUAUGCACCUGAGAGAUUAAAAAGUAUUAUGCCUAUCGGUGUAGCUAGAGAUGGAAGAGUUAUUUACGGACCAUACAGACAAGAUGGUGAACUCUGGUAACCUUGCGACGUUGAUGUCUGUAAUGGCAGAAUGUUUGGUAGAUAUUAUGGAUAUGUUGCCACAAUGUUUCAUCCUUAUAUGGUUGGCUGUUUUGGCCCUGGUAACAUGGCUUACAAAAUAGCUCCACAGUGCUCUGCCAAUGCCAGACUAUGCAACUCUACUUAUGAAAAAUUCAGACAUAUCACAGUUACAGUGUUAUUUGGAAUUCUCGCACUAAGCUUACUAUUUUGA